UUUGUUUUUACUCAAUUAAUACUUAUUCACUUUUCCAGUGACUCUGAUUAAAUCGAAAAAAGGAAAGACUAACAUCAAAGUGGGCGAGUACAUAUUCUAUAUGAAACCAGGCUCAGGUUCGAAGGAAAGUUUUACUCAUCUUGAUAAGGUCCCGGGAGACGAUUCUACACAACCUGAUUCUUCAGACUGUGAACAUGAAAAACCUGUGCAACUUAAGAAGGAUUUAGAUCCGAAGUUUUCCAAGUCAACACAUGGGAAUCCCAUCAUCCUUUUGGACGGCUACAAGUUUCGUUUGAAGCGUGAUUCCCGGGUAGUGAAAAGCCUGAACGUCAGAUGGGUCUGCUCUACCAUGAAGCACGGUUGCAAGGCCAAAUUGAUGACGGUCGAGAACGUGGUUGUAGCCUAUGAUAACACGGAUGUGGACGGCCUAUGCCCACAGAUUGCAGCACACCAAAAAAAAUACUCGGAGACCUCUCUUCCUACGGACGAUGGGAAGAACACGAAGAUUGACUAUCAGUCCAUAAACAAUAUAGCUCAUUUAUGCUUCAGUACAGCAUAUAGCAACGAAAUUUGCAUGCUAGUUAAUGCAUAUUCCGUCUCCUUGCAUCGAGCUGUGAAGGCAAAAGGUAAAAAUGUGAUGUGCGUAGAUGGAUACCGCUUCUCCGUCGUUAAAGGCAAGAACAAGCUCAGUAAUAGAGUCAGAUGGAGGUGUUCUACACACCGAGGGUCGGGUUGCACAGCUCUCAUGCACACCGUUGGAGAUUGCGUCGUCUACCUUCGAAACGAUCACAUUCACCCUCCCACAAAUUUUCCUAAGUAUAGUAUUCGUUACGAGUUCACCGAAUCUCUUAGAGGUUGUCGGAUUAUCCUUAUCGAAGGCUACCGUUUCGCGAUCAAGAACAUGAGCAAAGUAAACGCACCUAUCAAGAAGAUCCAAUGGACCUGCUCCACUCAUGGCAAGCACGGUUGCGAUAUAACGUUCCUGCAGAACCAAAGAGGAAACCCAGUUAUACAACUAAACGGCUACUAUUAUACGAAACAUAUGACGGUCAGAUUGAAGGACUCUGAGUACACCAAAGAGGACCCAUAUUUGGACCAUACGAUGUGUGCGGCAACAGGCAUAUCUACUAUCACGGAUAUAAAUACUCAGCUAGGCGCAGGGAUAUCGCAAAGUACCGCAGGGAUUAAUAAGUGUGCUCUAAGCAGGCUGAAGGGCAACUCGUUCUUCUCAACCGCAACUAAUUUUCAAAGUAAUGUUGUAAUCCUCAUGUUGUACUCAUACGUAUUGCAAUUCGUCACAUCGCAGAGAGGAAAACUCAUGAUAAAACUAGAUGGGUUCACGUAUCGUCGCGCCACGUUUUCCAACAACAAAGUCAGGUGGACUUGCUCCACCCACCAGUAUAAAGGUUGUCGCGCCUUCCUCAUCACACUCAAUGAUGAAAUUAUCUAUUCCAACACCAUUCACGAGCACAAAUGA